AAGAAUUAGACUUCUUUCGAUUAGUUGGGUGACCGAGUGUGUGCGGGAACUCCUUUCAAGUCCUAAAACCCUAAACUGGAAUAUACUUUUGACUUCCCAAAACCUCUUACAAAUCAUACCCCGAACACAACUUCUUUAUAUUUUUACUGAACAAACAUUGGAACCAGAGCAUACCUGUUUACCCAGCUGAGGAAUCAAACAAAAACAUAACGAUGAGGAUUCUGAGUAGGAGACUGCUGCACCAAUUGUCCUUCAAACAAGCUAUCCGUCUCCGUACGUAUUCGACUGGGAAAGUUUCUGAUUUUGGACAACCAACUCCUGCAUCUCAUCCUCAGUUGAUGAAGGAAGGAGAACUUACCCCCGGUAUAACUACUGAGGAAUACAUCUCUAGACGGAAAAGAUUGUUGGAACUUCUCCCUGAAAAGAGCUUGGCUGUCAUUGCCGCUGCCCCUGUAAAGAUGAUGACUGAUGUUGUGCCGUAUACAUUUCGACAAGAUGCAGAUUAUUUGUAUCUUACUGGUUGUCAACAACCUGGUGGUGUUGCAAUAUUAAGUCACGAGUCUGGGUUAUGCAUGUUCAUGCCAGAAGCAAAACCUCAUGAUGUUGUUUGGCAAGGACAAAUAGCAGGAGUUGAUGCAGCACUGGAGUUGUUUAAAGCUGAAGAAGCAUAUCCAAUGAGCAAAUUAGAUAAGAUACUUCCAAAUAUGAUAAAAAGAUCUUCCAAGUUGUUCCACAAUAAGCUGACUGCUACACCAAGCUACACAGAUCUGGAGACCUUUCAAAACGCAGCUCAUGUUGGGAAAGUGAGCGACCUUUCCAUUUUCACCCAUGAGCUACGAUGGGCCAAAUCUCCUGCUGAACUUAAGUUAAUGAGAGAAUCUGCAGCAAUCGCUUGUCAGGCUCUUUUGCAGACAAUGUUUCAUUCCAGAGCAUAUCCUCAUGAGGGCAUACUAUCAGCUAAGGUUGAAUACGAAUGCAGAAUGAGAGGUGCUCAGAGAAUGGCAUUUAACCCAGUGGUUGGUGGUGGGCCUAGUGCUUGUGUAAUACAUUAUUCUCGAAAUGAUCAGAAAAUUAAAGACGGGGAUCUCGUUUUGAUGGAUGUUGGAUGUGAGCUGCAUGGUUAUUGCAGUGAUCUUACUCGUACUUGGCCACCCUGUGGAAGCUUUUCUUCCAUACAAGAGGAGAUUUAUGAUCUCAUACUACAAACAAACAAGGAAUGCAUAAGGCUUUGCAAACCUAGUGCUACAAUCCGUCAAAUACACAACUACUCGGUUGAAUUGCUAUGCAAAGGAUUGAAGGAAAUUGGGAUUUUGAAAAGGGAUGAAUAUAGAACUUAUCACCAGCUGAACCCAACUUCUAUAGGUCACUAUCUAGGAAUGGAUGUCCAUGAUAGUUCCAUGAUCAUAUAUGACCGUCCUUUGAAGCCAGGAGUUGUUAUAACCAUUGAGCCAGGAAUCUAUAUCCCAUCUACUUUUGAUGUUCCAGAGAGGUACCAAGACACAGGAAUAAGGAUUGAGGAUGAAGUUUUGAUUACCAAAACAGGUUGUGAGGUUCUUACUGGAUCAAUGCCGAAGGAGAUCAAACACAUUGAAUCCUUGCUAAAUAAUUACAGCCAUACAAUGGGGUUGGAAGCCAUAAGAGUAUAAUAGCUGCAAACCAUUUUACGCAAAGAUCACCACCUGCGGGCAAUGGAGGUCAUUCUUAAGACUCUAUGCCAGUUUUCCAGCAGAAAUGGCCUGUCCUGUGUGCAUCUAUUUGUACCCAAACAUUUUCGGUGAGA